UAAUAUUUACGAGUGAAAACAUCACCGUACAUAGAUUAACUUUGGCUUUGUUUCGUGUAAAAAUAAAUAAUACAAUCGACAUUAGCAAUUUGUUUAUGAAAUCAGUUUAAACAUAAGCCAAUUAAAAACACAUGAGAGAGAGAACCUGUAAUGCUUUGUUCGCGUUCGUGUGAUUAUUUGUGUACUUAUUAUUUAUUUGUAAAACUUGAAGUGGAAAAAGAAAACGGAGUGAAAAUUUUUUUUAGAUUAAAAGUUUGUAUGUGAUAUUUAAACGGGUACAUACAUAUACCGUAAAGCUUAUUUAUGGAAAAGGGAAAAAUUGCAAACGCUUGAGAAUAAUGUUUCUUUGUCCACUUAUUUUCCAAUUAUUUGUGUUAUCCCGUAGCAUACAGAAAUCAAAUAAAAGUUGAAUAAAAUAAAGUAAAGCAAUACGUAUCAAAAUGCUUGCGUCCUUUGGAUAUAUAAAUGUUUCUCAUGUUUAUUUAUGACGCACAAAGAUAAAAACAAGAAAUCAUUAAAAGCAAAUAUCGCAGCGGGCAUCCUUUAUCUCGUAAAGUCCACAAGAAUUCGCAUAUUCAAAAUACUGUGCGGGGUCUUCUUUUCACGUGAAGGACAUUUCAAAUAAUCUGUCAUCCCCAUAUUGGAAAAUGUUCAUUGAGAGAAUAACAAUUCUGCUGCUAUAUAUAUUGAGAUAUCUAAAUAUUAACUGAAUGUGUCUCUGAAUAUUUCGAAAGAAAAGUAGCUGAAAAAAUGUAUUUAUUUAUUUAUUUUUUUUUUCAUUUUCCCAACGCCAGUAACAGAUGAAUUCGAAAGAUACGAUUGAAGAAAUCAAUAAAUAAACUUUCACUUGCUUUGAUUAUUUCAAAACAAUGCCCUGCGAUAACACAACAAAAACGUCUUCAGAUAUAGAACAUGCUGAUUGGACUACUGGCACAAGCCAACAUUACAAUGUGAGAUUUGAUUCGGCGAGUAGUCAAGCAUCGCAGAGCAGUGGAGAUAUUUGUCGAAUUUGUCAUUGUGAAAGCGAUCCCCAGAAUCCGUUGCUAACACCAUGCUAUUGUUCGGGCAGCCUAAAAUAUGUCCAUCAGGCGUGCCUACAGCAAUGGCUGACUGCAUCCGAAACGAAUGCCUGCGAAUUAUGCAAAUUCCCAUUUAUAAUGCACACCAAAAUCAAGCCCUUCAAUGAGUGGCGUAGCCUUGAUAUAUCUGGUAUCGAAAGAAGACGACUGUGCUGUUCGGUAUUAUUUCAUUGCGCUGCUGCGCUAUGCGUUAUUUGGUCUCUCUGCGUGCUCAUCGAACGGGCGGCUGACGACGUAAAGAACGGACAAAUAGAUUGGCCUUUCUGGACGAAACUGGCAGUUGUUGCAGUUGGUCUGACCGGCGGUAUUGUAUUCAUGUAUAUACAGUGCAAAGCGUAUUUACACUUGUGCCAUCGGUGGAAAGCAAGAAACAGAAUACUUCUCAUACAGAAUGCUCCGGAGAAGGUACAUCCUCUUUCUCAACCGUCGCCCUUAGCCCAACAACGAGUUCGACAUAGUUCCACAAUUCAAGCGCACACGGCCAACGCUGGCCAUCGUAGUGUGAAUGUAAAUAUUGACGUUAACAAUGGCAGUCCUAGACCACCAACAAGUGUUACGGAUUACGCACCGGCAACUUUAGCGGAUGUUGACGAUGUGAGUGGCUCUUGUGUUAGACAUCAACGUUAUGAAAAUCUGCCUUCAUCACCUCAUCAUAUGCUCCAGCAUGCUGAUCUAGAUGUAGAUUCUGUUGCCUAUCACAACACUGCCGGUGUGCCGAGAUCCCAUGGCAAGCAUCAUUAUCUUCACCAUCAAAACAUUGGUCAUGGCCAUCAUAUUAAUGGGCAUCAACAUCAACACUCGCAUUAUCAUACACAAUUAGGGCAAGUGGCUGUGGCUGCUAACAUUGAAUGUUCACAGUCGCAAAAUAAUUACGAACGCGAUUUCGCUCUAGACGAUGUAGUAUCCCAGAUCUCAUCGUUUCGACCAUGUCCACAGGGUUCAGGAAGCAUGACACCUUUUCAUGACUCUAUACAUAACGUGCUCGAACACUCUGAGGACUCGAGUCGAGUAUCCGUGAAUGAUUUGUGUGUAGGUUCACGGCAAGAUUUAAGCGCUGACGGUUUAUCUAGUGACACUGGACGUGAACACGCACUACAACUAAGCAGUUUCAGUGGCAGCGGAGAUCACAAAGCUCCUUCAAUUAGUUCUGGAGUAUCUCAUGCGGUGGCUAAUGGUUUAGGGGGAUUUGUUUAUAAACCUCACACCAAACGGUAUUCAAACUCUUCAAUAUUUUUGGAAAAUCGCGACAUUCUCAAUGAUUCGGUUGCCAUGGAUUUAGAUCUAGAUAGUACCCCCUACAUUAAACCUGAUUACCGUCAUUCUAGUAUACUAACACCACCCGAAAGUGAAAGCGAUAAACUUGAACAGUAUAUGGGUAAAGAUUUGCGAAGAUAUUCGGAUACAAAACUUUUGGGAAACCUUGAAAGCGAUCCCCGAAAUUCUACACAUGAAUGUAAAAAUGAACUGAAUGAAAGCGACCCAAUAACGGCAAAUUCCCAUAUGCAUCCACUGUUAAAGCAACACUCAGACACGGCAAACGCGUCAAAUGCUAAGGACGUAAUGCUGGACGCAGCGUUGCCAAUAUCACCGCUUUCAUCGUCAAGAAUUCAACAAAUUGAACGCCCGCUGUUAUGGCAUUCAAUACAAACCGUCAACGUGGGACGAGGUAUUGACACUAUAACGACACCUUCAGCUCAACGACAAAUAGAUAAAGCCCGCUUCUUUUUCAAAUCGUUGCCAAAUCUAAGCAGCAGUUGUGAAAGCCUCAUUAAGAAAUAAGACACGUAUAUUAUAUAUAUAUAUAUAUAUAUUAUAUUAUAUAUGUAUAUAUAUAUUAUAUUAUAUAUGUGAUUUUGAUCAUUCAUAACGCGAACAAAGCGAAUGAUCCUGAUCUUCUUGCUUGAAUAUUAAACUUUAAUUAUUUGUUUUAGAAAUUCUAAAGAUGUGCUCGGCAUACUAAUUGCGUCCAUUGUUAGGUUUUACUCUGUCUUUAUAUUCUCAUUUUUGUUUUUACUAUAUUUUUUCUUUAUAUUUUGCUUUUCCAAUCAAUUUCAAAAGCAUUAAAUGAUAAUUAUAAAAUCUUAUGAAAGUAAUUAGUAGUUUAGCUAGAGCAAACAUGCACAUAAACGAUUUUUUAUAUGCUUUCUUCAUUUCAUAAAAAACGAAUGGCACCGUUUAUGCAUUACAUAUUUUUUUUUUUUUUUUUCUAAAUUCAUCAUGCAGUAUUUUUUGUUGUUUUGUUGUUUUAAUUAUAACAGAAAAUUACGCAUUGACUAUUUUAAAAACUUUAAA